GAUGUUCAGCUUUUCUUUUGCCCUACUAGACGCACGCCAUGAUUAGGGCUAUCGGACUCUUGGGUAUAGUCGAAGCCCGCAUGGUGUCUGAAUCAUCCUCUUCCUCCUCCUCUCCACCUGCAGAGGGAGCUGCUGGUUCCAGUCCGAUCUCUGGGUCGCCGUAUUUCACGCCUGUCAAGUCGAUCCCGUCUCCAUACUGGACUCCACCUCGAUCUACUCGACAGACUCGGUCGAGCGCCAGGCAGAAGGAAACCAUAGACGAGGUCAAUAGAUUGUCGUCAUCAUCAUCAUCAUCCUUAGAAAAGGCCGUGGACGAAGGAGAAUUGACGGCGCUGCGUAUAGCUGGAGCGAUCACCCCCAGGAGCAGACGAAGAUCAGAGAGACAACGAACCUCCCAAGUAACGGUGUUGGACUCUCCGACCCACAACCUGGCCGUCCGGAAGCCGUCUCGAGUCAAGCCGAGGGAUGUGUACCCUCUUACUCCUGGAACCUCCCCAGAUUCUAGCAGACGAGUGAGCGAACGGAGCAGGUCAGGGAAGAUCACCACACCAAAACGUCAGAAACGGAUUCCAGAAGUCAUCAUUGCCUUGCCGCCUACGCCUAAGACACCAUCGCCCGUCAGGAGAGCAUCUCAGCGAGCCAAAAUCAUCGUAGCGAAAGCUGAGACGGGGAUCAUUGAGCCAGUGGAUAAGAUCCUCUUGAUACAAGAGCGAGUCCGACAUGAUCCUUGGAAAUUGCUUGUAGCGACUACCUUACUGAAUGUGACGUCUGGUCGGGCUGCAAGACCGGUUUUCAUUGAGAUCUUGAAGCGUUGGCCGGACCCGGAAUCCUUGGCAAACGCCGACAUGCAAGACCUCGUAGACGUUCUGUACCCUAUCGGACUCUUUAUCCAACGGGCAAAUUCCCUCAAGAUCAUGUCGAAGCAAUACCUCGAUCUGAGAUGGCCAAUUCUCACUGGUUCAUCUCCAUCGCGUCCUUGCAAUCCGUACGAAGAUCCAAUUCCAUCUCUACCAUUGCCUAUCCCGCCAUACCUGCCUGAAUCUCUCGACGUUUACGUCUUUCGAGGAGCUGGACGGUACGCCUCGGACAGCUUUAGGAUUUACAGUCAUCUCUUACCUGGGUUCGGUGCUCCGCAUCACGAGGCGAAAUGGUUAUCAAAGCGAUCUCGAGCGAUAGAGCGUAUGCACAAGGUUCAGUCAAGAGAUCACCGCGCGCCUGAUGAGCUAGGCGAAGAACCCUCUGAGGAAAUGCAACUGCUAGACGUCCUUGCCGUCGGGGAAUGUCUCAGUGAAGAAGAAGAAGAAGAGGGCGAAGAAGAGUGGCGAGCGGUCAGACCAACAGAUAAAGAAUUACGGCGUUAUCUGAUCUGGCGAUGGGGUCUAGAGGGCAUCGAAUACGACAUUAUGAAAGGACCAAAGAUUACUCGAGCACGGGAUAAACGACGAUUAAAAGGCUUUAAUGUCCAGUAAUGAUUCUUAACGGGCGUGACAGACAAGAGGGAAUCUACAUGCUCGAAUUGAUGCAUGUUGCUUAAAAAUCGAUAUAUUGUAG